CAGGCUUACGCAUCCCUCCAAGGCUCUUGGGCUCCCGGUCCAGGUCCCACGCUUGGUCCAGUUCCCCAAACUGGGAGACCGGUCGGAGUACGCCGAGGGGAGGAGCUUAGGUGGGCCGAGCCUGCUUGUCUGAGAAGGAGGCUUUCCUUCUGAGUGACCCUGGCUGAGUCGGCCCCGGACGGAAAAGCCUGGGAGCCAGGGGAGAAGAAGGGUGUGUGGCUGGAAGGAAGCCGGGACAGCUCUGCCAGCUAAGGGAGGAAAGGGUGGAUCUAGUAGCCGGUGGGAGUUUUCAGGUGCAAGCAUGGAGCGGAGAAUGUAGUUCUCAUUUACCUCUACGUUAACCCUGUCAGAAGAGUUUGGGGUCUCACCGUUGCCUGAAGUUGGGGAAAAAGUGUGUGCCCUGUUGUGUGUCUGACCUGAUGGCUGCGAAGUUUUGGGAAGUGACAGCCUGUGUGGGGUGUGGCCUCCACCUUUGCGUGAAUGUGUGGAUAUUUACUGUCUUCUCCGUACUGCUUUCCUUGCCCGCGGUGUCAUGGCUAGCUGAAGUUGACCUUGUGGAUUGUGCAUAGGGCUGUCCCCUCAAACACUUACCACACCGAGCUCCGAGGCUGUUUGUAGGUACCAGCUGUUUUCAUUUGGGGGGGGGACUUUAUGGCCUAUGAAAAUUCCAGGUCUCAGAAAGGUGUUUAAGCUUUGGAGUCACCGUGCUUCUGUGAACGCAAAGUUUGAAGUUCUUUUCCAAUAAUGUCAGUAUCUGAAGGAGGAGAGACCUAAGUUCAUGUCUCUUGAACUGGAGUUUGCAGGCAAGGUUGAGCAAGGGUGGGUGUCUUGCCUGAGUCUGAUGUUCAGAUUGUCCAGUUGUUAGCCUGAGUGGGUGGCCCCAGUCCCAUGGUGCCUUGUGAUUAUCCAUAGCUGUCAGUAUUAGGAGGAGGGCGGAGUUGGGGGGGGCAGCUGGUCUUGACCGACUUCUCUGAGCUUCUUCCUCAGGCUCUGCAAAGCGCUCUCUGAACUACCCCCUAGCACAGCUGUCCCCCAAAACUGUCUGCCUAAUCACUGUGUGAGCCUAGGUUGGCAGAAGCCAGGCAGGCAGCUGGAAGCACUGGCUUUGCUGAGGCUUGCUGCUCCCCCUUAAGCAUACAUAUGAGAAUACCAUGAACGUUUGCGCGCGCGCGCGCACACACACACACACACACACACCUUUGAUCGGGAGGCAGUUGGCUGUACUUGUGCUGAGUUCAGGCCUUCAGUAGAGGGUGAAAUCUGUUGAGGAGGCACUUUUCAGCUCCCAGCCACCACACUCUGCACUUUUCUGUGCAAUCGCAGGAAGUUGCUGUUUUGAGCUGUGAGCGGAGCUCCUGCUAGGGCUGUCGUCUCUCCCACCUCUGCUUGCGCUCCUGGUGCGGGUCUGGGGCCAGCCUGUAAGAAAGGCUGAUGCCCUUCAGACCUCCAGUUCUGGCUUCCCUCUUUCUCUUUGAUCUGACAGGACUCUUGCCUUUGAAAAUGCUCUUAAUCUGGUCCUGGAGAGAAGGUCCUCUGUGUAAUAUUCGCAUGUAGCCACACCUCCUGUGCAAGACCAGGAGUGUCAGGGCCUCUGCCUCCCUAGCUCACACGCUGGUUCUCUUGAGAAGUGUAAGGCGCACCCCACCCCGUACCCCCAGCACAUUGUUGCCCGAGAUGCUUACAGCCUCCUUUGAAAGAGACUGCAGCCACCUCACCUGCAGUCCCAUCCCACUUCCCUGCUUCCCACCUGGAAAGGGGAGGAGGUCGCUUUACCCGUGGUACCGAUAGGUGCUGGACUAAGCGGGGAUUCCCAGCCUGGGUGUACACAACUGUUCUUGGCAAGGCUUUAGAAAGCUGAGCACGAGAUUGAGAGCCAGAGGGGUGGCUGACUGUAGGAGGUAGCUGUUUUGCUUUUGUUCCCUGGCCGUGUGGUCACUGACCCUAGGCAGAGAGCCAGAGACUAGCCGGUGACCCAAAGGGGCUAACUCUUGCCUGCUUCCAAAGCCAGCAGUGCCCUCCCCUCUGCUCAUUGUGGGGCCCUUGUGAAACGCACAGUGUCGGGUGGGGCAGGAGCACAGGAUGCUGCAACCAAGCCACAGGAUGGUUACUCCAUCUGUAGAGGAGGUGGACAGGGAGGACUGGAGGGCCUGGGCUCAGCUCCUCCCAGCUGGACUGCCUGCUACCUGGAAGAGUGCCUGCUCAUUGUGCCCCCGGGUUAUGACGACCCCCAAUAAAGGAAACAAGGCCUUAAAGGUGAAGCGGGAGCCAGGAGAGAAUGGCACCAGCCUGACCGACGAGGAGCUGGUGACCAUGUCGGUGCGAGAGUUAAACCAGCACCUGCGAGGCCUAUCCAAGGAAGAGAUCAUCCAGCUGAAGCAGCGCCGGCGCACACUCAAGAACCGUGGCUACGCAGCUAGCUGCCGAGUGAAGCGGGUGACGCAGAAGGAGGAGCUGGAGAAGCAGAAGGCGGAGCUGCAGCAGGAGGUGGAGAAGCUGGCCUCUGAAAACGCCAGCAUGAAGCUGGAGCUUGACGCGCUGCGCUCCAAGUACGAGGCCCUGCAGAACUUUGCCAGGACCGUGGCCCGCAGCCCUGUGGCCCCAGCUCGGGGUCCCCUUGCUGCUGGCCUGGGGCCCUUGGUCCCUGGCAAGGUAGCUGCCACCAGCGUCAUCACGAUAGUAAAGUCCAAGACAGAUGCUCGGUCAUAGGGACACGUGCAGUUGCCAGGCAGGUCUUUAAGGGGCCACUAAGUGCGUGGCAAAGUUGGCAGCCCUGUCCCUCUUCCUUUCCUUUUCCUGUCUCUUCUCUCCCUUCCCCUUUUUCUUCCCUGCAAAGCACAACCUGCACCCAGGGGCGUUGGGCUGGGCCCCUUGAUAUCAUCCUUGUCGUCACGCGUGUGUUUUGUACGUUGGGAUUGGUCAGUUCAACAGUGAUGUUGGGUUGUCCCUAACCCCUUUGUACCAAGGCCAUGCAGGCUAGGAGUCCAGAGUGGGCACCGUGGGAAUGGACAAGAGUAUAAGUGGGCUGGUGUACUGGCUUAGGUCUGCCCUUCCUCUCUGGUGGCUGCAGGGGGACUUUAGAGCUCUCUCUUCAGAUUCCAGUGGGCCUCUCAGCCUGAUCCAGAAAGGGAGAGAUGGCUCUGUCCUGAAAAGUGGUUAUGUCUUGAAGGCCCUGGAUGAGUAGGGCCACCAGCCCUGGCACUGGGGCAGGAACCAUGGUGCUGGAGCCUGGCACAGUGCACUGGAUAAGACCAAAUCGCCGGUUAUAAGUGUGGGUGGCCGGUGUGUCAGUGUGUCCUGCAGUGGGUCCGGUGUCGCUGUUUACAUGACCUGUGUGUGGUUAUAUAGCCCUUUAUUUAAAAGAGAAGUUCCUUUUACGAAGUUAUUAAAUUAUAUGUUUAAGAGCUAAAAAGAAAAAAAAAAGAAGAGCUGCAGAGUAUUUAUAAAAUUGUCUUAAAAACAAAAAAAAAAGAAACACAUUUGACCGUAUAAAUGGAAAAGGGAAGAAAGUAUAGUAGAAACUUUGCUAGUUAAAAAAAAAAUCCCUUUCUUGUAAACUUGGGGACAGCUCUGUGGCUGUUGGAGUUUAGUUUUUAUACACAGAGUUAUGAGACAUUACUUAUAAAACUUAGUUUAAAAAAA